AUGAUCAGUUCAAAAAAGGAUGAACCGUGUCAUGAUUAUAAUACUGCUGACAAAAAAUCAACCUCACUAACCAUUUCAGAAUAUGAAAAUUGCAGCCCAUCACAGCAGAAUGAAGAACAAUCUAAUGUUGCCAAUCUUGUGACGGAGAAGGAUUUAGAACAUUUAUGCCAGCUUAUUGAGAUGAAAGAUGGAGGUCCUACAUGGAUACAAAUGAUGGAUUGCUCCACCCCUGGUAUGAGGUGUCAAGCAUGGAGGAGAGAACCCAAGACUGGUCCGCCUCAAUAUCAAACUAGAACCGUGUUUGAGAAUGCAACACCAGAGAUGGUGCGAGACUUCUUCUGGGAUGAUGAAUUUCGGGCAACUUGGGAUGACAUGCUUGCAUAUUCUGCUAUGAUAGAUGAGUGUCUCACUACUGGGACUAUGAUUGUGCAAUGGAUUAGAAAAUUUCCAUUUUUCUGCAGUGACAGAGAAUACAUAAUAGGCCGACGAAUAUGGGAGUCGGGUGGAUCUUAUUACUGUGUGACAAAGGGAGUACCCUGCUUAUCUGUACCAAGGCGAGCUAAACCCAGACGUGUCGAUCUCUACUACUCAAGUUGGUGUAUUCGAGCAGUGGAAUCAAGAAUGGGGGAUGGCCGUUUGAUUGCCUGUGAGGUAUUACUUUUCCAUCACGAAGAAAUGGGUGUACCAUGGGAAAUUGCAAAGCUUGGAGUAAAGCAUGGGAUGUGGGGAACUGUCAAAAAGUUUGAGCCUGGCUUAAGGGCAUACCAGAAAGCAAGAGCAUCUGGUGUUCCACUUUCUCGGCCUGCAUUCAUGGCUCAAAUCACUACCAAAAUAAAUUCAGGGCUCCAUAGAUCCUUGGCAGUCAAUGAGAAUUCAUCAGAGGCUAAGGUAGCAGCAGCAGCAACUUCAUCCAACAGAUCUUUGGGCAGGAAGAUACCAAAGUGGUUAAUUUUUGGUGGGGUCUUUGUCCUUGCUUGCAGCAUUGAUAGGGGACUCUUAACCAAGGCAUUUAUAUUUGGCGUAGCUAGAAAGUUUGCAAAUAUAGGAAAAAGAUAGUAAAUUGAGUGUUGAAGACUACGGUUUUUUUCAUCUUUUCAAACACUUAAGGGAUGCUCUUUUUUUUCUUCAGGCGAUGUCUCUGUCAAAUGAGAAUACAUUUGAACCAA